AUGAAUUUCCUCAAGUCGGCGGUGGCGUCGGCCAUGGCCCAGGGGCCGCCCUUCCCCUAUACGUUCGGUGACCGCGUCGACGUCGACGCCUCCAUCUGGACCCUGUACAACGGGACGCGCCGCGAGGACGGCAGCAACUGCAGCAUCUUCUCCUUCGAGAUUAACCCAUCGAGCAAGUCCCGCCUGCCCCUCGCCAAGAACGCCCUCAAGAAGCUGCGCACCAUGCGCCACCCGGGUGUCGUCAAGGUCCUCGACACCGUCGAGACCGACACCUACAUCUACAUCGCCACCGAGCGCGUCGUGCCCCUGCGCUGGCACGUCAAGCGCAAGAGCCUCAGCCAGGAGACCAUCAAGUGGGGGCUGUACAGCGUCGCGCGCACAGUCAAGUUCAUCAAUGACGAGGGCGCCAGCAUACACGGAAAUCUCAAGGUCGCCAGCAUCUACACGUCCGAGAGCGGGGAGUGGAAACUCGGUGGGUUCGAGGUCCUCAGCAACGUCAAGGACGACGAUGCCGUCAUAUACACAUUGGGCAGUCUGGUCCCAGACAACGGGCGAUACACACCUCCGGAGCUGGCAAGAAACGGCUGGGAUGCCAUCAAGAGAAGCCCCCACUCGGCUGUUGACGCGUAUCUGUUCGGAGUAUUGAUCUCGGAGGCGUUCAAUGGCGACUUCACCGGGCCGGAGCAAGCUGGACAGACAAAGGGCAUACCACCCACCAUGCACACGAGCUAUAAGAGGUUGGUCAACGCGAACCCAAAGGCCAGAGUCACCGUUGGCGCAUUCUUGGAACAAGGCAAACGCUCCGGUGGCUUCUUCGACUCGCCAUUGAUCAAGCUGACGGAAGGAGUGGACAACCUCGGUAUGAAGUCUGAAGAGGAGAGAGAGCAGUUUUUGGAUGACCUAGAUUCAUUGUCCGACGAUUUUCCCGAAGAUUUCUUCAAGAUGAAGGUUCUGCCGGAACUGCUGAAAUCGGUAGAAUUCGGAGGCGGUGGGCCAAAGGCCUUUGGAGUUGUCAUGAAGAUAUCGACCAAGUUGUCAAGCGACGAUUUCGAUGCGAAAGUCCAACCUGUGGUUAUCAGGUUGUUUGGAAAUCCUGAUAGAGCCAUUCGCGUUUGCUUGUUGGACAACUUACCGCUCAUGAUCGAUAGACUGCCGCAGAAGGUAGUCAACGACAAGAUCUUUCCCAGUCUCGUAACCGGAUUCACAGAUUUGGCCCCGGUCGUCAGGGAGCAAACCCUUAAAUCCGUGUUGGUCAUCAUCAGCAAACUCUCGGACAGGGUUGUCAAUGGUGAACUGUUGAAGUAUUUGGCCAAGACUGCCAACGAUGAACAACCAGGCAUCAGAACCAAUACAACGAUCGUCCUAGGCAAAAUUGCCAAGAAUUUGGGAACGUCGAACAGAAGCAAAGUCCUCAUCGCCGCAUUCACACGUUCCUUGCGAGAUCCUUUCGUGCACGCGCGCCACGCAUCUCUCAUGGCUCUUGCCGCAACGUCAGAUCAUUUCACCGACGAGGAUUGCGCGGCAAAAGUUAUGCCUGCCAUAUGCCCCUCGCUUAUUGAUAAGGAGAAGAUGAUCCGCGAUCAGGCGGUGAAAACGCUCGAUGUAUAUAUGACCAAGGUCAAGAAAGCGGUUGCAAGCAUGCCCGACACAGUCCUGCCGCCUCAAGCUGCCAGUGAGGGCGCUGGUCCCCGCAUGAGCACACCUCAAGCAAGCGAAGCAUCAUCCUGGACGGGAUGGGCCAUCUCCUCCUUUACCAACAAGCUCUCUACGGCAGCAGGAGAGAUCCAACCAUCAGCGAGCAACGGCAACACCACGCCCACGGUCACGUCUCCAACGCCCGGGUCAAAUCGUCUCGUGCCAUCUACGUCUUCGGCAUCUACACUCCACCGCCAAGCUCUAUCCCCGAGACCAUCCACCUCCCUGUCCCGAAACUCCUCGACCUCGAACGCGGAAGCUUACUUCAAGGACCCCGAGCCCGCAGAAGACAACGAGGCCUCCGCAUGGGGCGAGAUGGGCGACAUGGACGACGGGGACGACGGCGCCUGGGGCGACGACAGCAACAACAACACCGCCGACACGACACCGGCGUCCGCAUCCGCCUUUUCCAGCGCCUCGAAGCAAGCAGCCCCCAAGAAAGCCGUCUCGUCACCGGCCCCCUUCGACGACGGCUCCGAGCCCGACUUCGCCGGCUGGCUGGCGGCCCAGGCCCAGAAGAAGACAGGCGCUAGCGGCGCGAAAUCGCUGCCCAAGGGCCUCGCCAAGGCGAAUCAUAGUGCAGGGGCGGCCAAGAAGGUGGCCGGCAAGCCCAAGCCCGUCAUCGCCAAGAAGAAGAUCGAUCUGAAGCCCAAGGCCGCGGAUGACGAUGACGGCUGGGGUGACGGCUGGUAA